AUGCAGUGGAAAAGACAAGGCACUGGUUGUAUCUUUAGCUUCCUUUUUGUUGCGUCGUAUUUCACGAACAAGUUUGUUCUUUCUGUAUUGAAGUUUACAUAUCCAACACUCUUCCAAGGAUGGCAGACUCUUAUUGGGGCAGUGCUGCUGCUCUUCUGUGUAAAGCUGGGUUGGGUGGAAAUGAGCCACAUCAACAGGUCAGCAGCACUUUCCUGGCUUCCUGGCUCACUCCUGUUUGUUGGAAACAUAUAUGCUGGCUCCAGGGCCUUGUCGCGCAUGGACAUUCCCCUUUUCUUCACACUCCAGAAUUACUCUCAUGUUGUGAGUUACAUUAUCGGAAAGUUUGUUUACAGAAUGAGGGUACAAUGGUUGAAAUUUAUCAGCAUUUGUCUCAUGAUGCUGUCAGCCAUCAACCUUCCCAUCAACGAUCCUGGGUUUGACAAGAUUGCUUAUCAAUGGGCUGUUGCUCACCUUAUUUGUGUUGGUUCAUACAGAGUUUUCCAAGUUAACCACAAAUCCCCAAGCCUUAGUGACAUCGAGCAACAGUGCAUCAACUAUGUUUUUAGUGUUCUUCUGCUUGCAAUGGCAGCUCAUCCAACAGGUGAUCUCAUGGCUGCCCUCGAAUUUCCCUCUCUGCAGUCGCACAAGUUUCUCUUUGGCUGCUGCAUUAGUGCCUUGGUGGGAUUUUUGUUGCUUUUGGUCUCAGUAAAAAUAAAAAACGGGCUUUCAACUGAGUAUCUUAAAGUCUGGAUGUUUGUGGCCAAGGUUACAGCAAUUUCUCUGUCUCCAUUCAUUUUUUACACAGACAUAAAUGUACGGUCACUAUCUUGUAUUAUUACCAGUCACUGUGGAGAGGCUUUGCUGCUCUAUUCAGAAAGAGAUUCAAAGUAA